AUGUCUUCUUUCAAGAGAGAUAGAUACGAUGACGAUAACUCUCAUCAAUCCAAGCGUGAAAGGAAGCAAGAAGAAUCACGGAGAAUGGCUACAGCUUCCACUUUCUCCGGCUCAGAUAACCCUUUCAACGAUUCAGAUCUAAACUCUAAAUUUCAGUGGCAGAAGAAAUCUGAGAAAGAUAGGAAAUCUGGUAUCACUGCAGAUCAAGCAGCUGAGAGAGAUGAGCAGCGCAGAGCUGAAACGAGGGAAGAGCUUCACAAACUCAAUAUGAGAAGACAACAACGUGAAUUGGAUAAGAUGGAGAAAGAGGCAGAGCAGUCUAAAGCGCAACGACUAAAUGACUCUGCUCAAACCCAAGAAUGGCUCAAUAAAGAAGAUGAUUUCAUGCUUGAACAGAAGCGUAUGCGUGCUGUUAUGAGAAUCAAGGGCCACAGGGCUCAGCCAAUUGACUACCUCUGCUUGAAUUUGAAGUUUGCACAUCCUGAUACCACCCACACCCGUGAUGACGACCAAGAAGUUGAAACUGGUCUUGAAGUCCAUCUCGAUGAACCCUAUCGUAUCUUGGAAAAUAUCAAUUUCGACCAAGCUAAAGCGCUUCAUGCUGAUAUUUGCGAAUUCCUUGACCUUGAGACAGCUGAACAAAACAAAGAAUUUUGGAACUGCAUGCUAGCCGUUUGUGAAAACAAGUUGGAAAGAAUAGUGAGAACAAUGAGCGAGCCACACGCAAUAGACGAAGACGCAGAGGAACAGAUAGAGAUGAUACUCCAAGGAAAGAGCCUCUACCAGCUCUCACAACUGCAACAAUCUAUUCAGGUCAAGCUACAAUCUGAUGCAGCAAUCGAUAUGGAGUACUGGGAGGAUCUUCUCAAAAGUUUACUCGUGCACAAAGCCAAAGCCAAGUUGAAUGACAUGCACAAACUCGUGCUCAACAAUCGACUUACUCAAUUACGCGAAAAGCAGCAGCUCGAAGCAGAAAGAAUGCAGUCUGAAUUAACCAAAUCGAUGAAAGACGAUAUGGAUCAGGCACCUAAGUCCAAACAGCCAGAAGAGACGCCUAAGACAGAAGCAAUCAAACCUGACGAAUAUGAUCCCUGUAUGUCUCCUAAACCAACACAUAAAAAGCAACUGCCGUAUGAAGAUCGACAGAUGCCGAUGGUACUGGAAGAAGACGAUAAGAAGAAUUUGAUGAAACACAGGCGUGAAUUGAUAAACUCGACUUUCAUAGCCAGAUCAGAACUGCCUCAGAAGCAGGUAGCACCCCGAGCAGAUGAUGUCGGUGCCUCGGUGACAGAUAUGGAGCUAGAGAAUUGGUUCAGGAUGCAGGAUUUACAAACACCUCACAACUUCAACGACGAGUUCGACAACGACUAUAUCUUCACAGAAGUCCAAGAGGCCGCCAAAGUGACUUACACGUGGGAUGACCUGAACAGGCCGCGCAAACCGAGAUACUUCAAUAGAGUGCAUACAGGUUAUGAGUGGAACAAAUACAACCAAACACACUACGAUCAAGACAACCCACCUCCGAAAGUUGUUCAAGGAUACAAGUUCAACAUCUUCUACCCGGAUCUCAUAGACAAAACCAAGACACCGACUUACAAAGUCAUUAAAAACAAAGAUAAUCCUGACAUAUCUACGGUAAUGUUCAUAGCAGGACCUCCAUAUGAAGACAUUGCAUUCACGAUUGUCAACAAAGAGUGGGAACACUCGCAUAAACGAGGAUUCAGAUCGUCGUACGACAGAGGAGUGAUGCAACUUUACUUCAACUUCAAGAAGAUUUUCUAUCGCAAAUAA